CUGCUUGUCUGCAGGAGGUGACACUACUCUUCAGUAGACUUGGCCCUAUGUGUCGGGACGUGUUGGUCUAUAUUAAACACAGGGGUAUUUGACUGACCCUUAGCCUCCACUUGCUCGUCCCUCUACAUUGAUACAGAAGUCAUAAAUACUCCUGCUCCCUUCACAAUUCGCUCCAUUACUAGCGUCCUUCGUCAACUAGGCCUUUUGAUCGAGCUAUUUGCCCUUGCUUUCACUCAGGCUAUCUUCGAUUCUGAUUUUCUUGUUAAUGGCAUGUUAAUUCAAUACCUACUUCCGACAACGACUUGGCAAAUAUGGAACCUACGACUAUUCAACAGAGGGGAAACCUAGGAUCUUCACUCCCAUUCCGUACACUAAAGCCUCAUUCAUCUCAACUGAAUAUUGGCCGAUUCCCAAACACACGUUACGAGAAUGUGGACAACACAAUCCGCGUAACGGAUUUCUCAGAAGCGCCUUUUUCUCCCAUAAGUGAAAGGUCUAGUUCUUUCUCCCAAGCUUCGACCGCGGAAACCUGGGACUUAGCAUCAACCGAGCCAUCUUCCCCUCGGUCUCCAAGGACGAAGCACGAAUUUGAUGACAUCCCUCGGCUUGGAUCCAUAUCUCCCCACGCAGAGGUCCUUAAGCGGAAAUGCGAUAGCGCGGAUGAGGGUAGUAAGAGAAUCAAACUACAACCCCUGCAUCUACCGAGCGUUUCGCGCCUUCAUCUACUCCCACCACGCGACAACAAGAGCCGUCGCUUCAUCCAACCGCAUUAUGUCAAGAGAGCUUUGCAAACUCCUAACUCUAGCCCUGAACCCAGGAAUGAGUAUACUCUUUCGGAAAAGGCAUCGGAUCCUAUAAUCCAAUGGCUCAACGUCAGGAGACGAGAAUCCAGCGAUACAAAGCAGCCCCUCUCGGAACCACGAGGGCUAGUAGAUAUUUCCCUCAAUAUUAACUUGGACGUUGACGAGACACCACCGCCGUGUUUCUAUCGCGAGAAACAGAAAUAUACCUCACAGUCCCGACAACAGCAACAACAACAGCAACCCACACCACUCUUGGGAGAAAAAGGAAAGGCCAAAAGGAAGAGAAAAGGAAACCAAACUAAAUCAUCGCAUAACAAUAUCAAGUACACGGCAGAGGAAGGUGAUUUUAUCCGCUACAACAAGUACGAGAUGAAAUACUCGUGGGCCGACAACCAGAAACUGUUCGUGGAGACGUUUCCUAUGCGCGACCCAGAGAAGGAUCGACGCACCCAGGGCGUUCAAGGCGUCCACUAUCGUGACAACCAACACGUACCCGUUCUUGUAGAUGGAGGACGACGGCUUGUGUUUAACGAAUAUGGACACGUAAAGGCACGAGUCGCGCAAGUUAGACAACAGCGUGACGACAAACCGUACUUCAGCCUUGUAUACUUAUACCCUGAACGAGCCUUGAAUUAUCCUUGGGUGGCAGACAAAUUCAAGAAGAUGGCUGCCGAAUUAGUUAAGGAACGUAUCCCACAAAGGGAAGCCGCCAAACGUGAUGCUAUUGCGCGAGGCGUCUGGAAAGAAAAACUUGGUAAUGGCGAGUGUGCAUGCUGCCAUAAGCCAGACCGAGAGAGGGAUAAUCACAAGCGCUACGUCCCCGGACGAGACGAAAGCUCUUUUGUUAUGCCAACGCCCCUGAAAAACGAGGUCGAACCCGAUUCGAACACGACGUUCAACUCGAAUCCUCUACAAAAUCGCAGGCAUACAUUAUACAUGCUUCAAAACGAGCUUACUCAAAUAACGACUGAGAAUGAACGACGAUUACUUCAAGCGAGAAACAGCAUGUCGAAAUAAAAUCUGACGUGAUAUGUUUAUUCUAUACCCUUCAACAUAUUGCAUUACUUUACUUCGACUACUCAAAUAUACUUUUACCUGUACCUAUUUACACCUACCUAUCUAUCAACGAGUAUAGUCUAUAUCAACUCCACUAUACAUCUAUACCACACUAUAAAAUCGACCAUUUUUUACUACAUAUACAACCAAUAACGCGACGGACGAAAUCUAGUUAGCAUACACGAUACAACGGAGGACGACUAACACAACGAAACAGC